GUAGCACCUCCCCGAGCAGGGCAUAUCUCUGUGCUGUCCUGGCCCUGCUCACAGUUCUCAGCCAGACGAGACCAAAGCUUGACGGCCCCGCAGACCCAGACUCCCACAUCAGCCCGGGGGGGAGAGCAGAGCAGAGAGCAGGAAGCUGCUGUUGUGUGCUGACUGGCUGAGAGACGCCAGAAGAAAGCCAACGUAUUGAUGAGGCAGGCUGAGUCACUCCAUCUCCUCUCAGUCUGGCGUCCAGAGGUGGCCGGGGGUCCAAGUGUGCACCCUUCUUGAGUGUGUUGACUUUACUUUGCAUCUUUUGAUCAGUGGAACUGGACUGUAAGCAUUAUGACUCUUCUGGGCUCUGAACACUCCAUACUGAUAAGAAGCAAGUUUAGAUCAGUCCUGCAGUUAAGACUUCAGCAGAGGAGGACACGAGAGCAGCUGGCAGACCAAGGCAUCAUGCCUCUGAACCAGGGCAAGUUCCCCAAGCAGGAGGACUCGUAUGCGUUUGAGGAGGACAGCAGCAGUGAGAGUCUGUCUCCAGAGCAGCAGCACAGUGACGAGUCCCAAGGCUCGGCCUGCCCUACAUCGGAGGCUGUCAGCAGUACGCCCCCCUCAUCCUCCUCACCUGCCCUCAUCAGCCCACGACAGGGAGGUGUGACCCGAGAGCCCUCGGAUCAAAGCCAGGAUGAAGGCCUGUCUGGUGCCAACAGCCAGGCCACUCCCCCAAUACCUGUUCCUGCUAUUGUCAAGUCCAAGUCUUCAGACAAGAACCGACACAAGAAGCCCAAAGAUGUGAAGCCAAAGGUGAAGAAGCUCAAGUACCACCAGUACAUUCCUCCGGACCAAAAGGCAGAGAAGUCCCCUCCGCCCAUGGACUCAGCCUAUGCCCGCCUCCUGCAGCAACAGCAGCUCUUCCUGCAGCUGCAGAUCCUCAGCCAGCAGAAACAUGCUCACACACAUCCACAGUCGCUGCAGUCGCAGCAGCACACACACACUGCCCAGGCCCAGCAGCGACAACCCUCUUUCAGCUACCAGCCUCACCCACCCAGCCAAACUCAGAAAGGAGCCAGUGAGCAGCUGUCAGUUUGUAGCUCCAGCACUCCAUCUGGCAGAGCCAACAGCAGCUCGCCCUCCCCAGUCAAGAACACGUAUUCCAACCAAAGCAGCAUCUCCCCGGACAAACCUGGGCCCCUGCCAGCUAAUCUAGAUGACCUAAAAGUCUCAGAGCUGCGGCAGCACCUGCGGAUCCGCGGCAUGCCCGUCUCCGGCACCAAGACGGCCCUCGUCGAGCGCCUCAGCCCCUUCAGGGACUCCAACUCCGGCUCUUCGCCCUCGGGCUCCUCUGACAUCACCACAGUGAUCUUCCCUGUCACCCCCACAGGAUCCUUGUCCUCCUACCAGUCGCCGUCUUCCUCCAGCGCCCUGUCCCAGGGUGGCUACUUCCCUUACCCCAGCACCUCCUCCACCCCCCCCAUUUCUCCGGCCUCCUCGGAGCUGUCCCUCAGCGGCUCUCUCCCCGACAGCUUCAGCGACGUGCCCAUGUCCUCGCCAACGCAGUUUGCCCUGCAGCCAUCUCCGGCCCAGCUCAGCAUGGAGGAUGGCCCGGGCGGGGGAGGGCCCAGGGUGGGUGAGGGUGGAGGUAUGGAUGGCGUGGAAGCUGCAAAAGAUAAAAUGCUGGUGGAAAAGCAGAAGGUGAUUGAGGAGCUGACAUGGAAGCUGCACCAGGAGCAGAGACAGGUUGAGGAACUGAGGAUGCAGCUGCACAAGAGGAAACGCUGCUAUGGAGCAACACAGGACCCAGCCCCCCCCACAUCACACCCCACCAUGCUCCACCAGUCGCCCCCAGCCAUGAUGGGCCAGCACUUCUUUGGGGUGACUAUCAAGCAGGAGCCAAUGUCCUUGUCCUCCAGCUGCCCUCUGUCCUCUACCAAACAGCUGAAGAGCUCUCCUGGCAUUUGCAUGGAGUUAAUGGGACAUUGCAACAACCCCCUCUCCAACAUGGGGGGCCCCGGUGGCCCUCAAUGUAUGGACAGAUCCUCUGGCAGCCCCUCCACAAUGUCUGCUUUCCUCAGUCCCCAGUGCUCCCCUCGAGACUCCCCCAUUGGGAAGCCUUCUCUAAGCCCCCAGCCUUCAUCUCCUAAUAACCCCUACCUGCUGUCACCUCCACUGGGAAGAGACGGCUGCAGUCACCUCCACCACCACCUCCACCCCCCGGGCAACAACAGAGCACGCAACAUGCAGAUGCAGCAGAAGAAUGGCGGCCUGGCGGCAAACUGUUCUUAUCCUGCUGAGCAGAGAGGCCUUCAGGGAGUCUUUCCCAACCCGACUGACUGUGGCCACAGCGGCUCAGCCAAGCCUGAGCACCACAACGUGCAACCAAAGAUGUCAGUAGCGCCCUCUCCUCGGCAUGUUGGCCAAAAGUGCCAGGUCCCUCCCCCUGCCUUCAGUAGCUCAGAUUCAGAUGCAUCAGACUUAGGACAGCCCCCAUGCUAUGAGGAUGCAGUCAAGCAGCAACUGACCAGAAGUCAGCAGAUGGACGAACUUCUGGAUGUGCUCAUAGAGAGUGGAGAGAUGCCAGCUAACGCCAGAGAAGAGAGGGAGAGGGCCUCUGUAACCAAAGUUGUGCCUCACAUUACUGUGUCCCCAGGGUGUCCCAGCCUCCUAGCCCCCAGGUUCCACCGACACUACGAACACCUGUCCCCCGCCCAGUUCCCUUACGACCACUCGGCUAAUCACAUCACUGAGAGCCACCUGGAGAAUCUGCUGGGAGGUCCGAUUGGCCGGGGAGCGGAGGUGGCUCUUCUUAAAAUGGCCAGUGAGGACGGGGGACAGGAAGAGGACGGGAACAGAGACGACGAGGGGUACCACCACCGCCACCCUCACCAUCCCCAACAGGACAAACUUCUGACCAACAGAGAUCUGAUGGACACGCCUCUGUCACCCAUCAGCACUAAGGGGUCUGGUGUGUCCGAGGUGCAGGGGAUGGUCAGCAUGGCGUUCAGCGAGACGCCGUGGGAGACCAUGGAGUGGCUGGACCUGACGCCCCCCAGCUCAGCCACGGCCUUUAGUGUGGCUCUGCCCAGUGGGCCCAGCAUCUUCAACACAGAGUUCCUGGAUGUCACAGACAUUAACUUGAACACUGCCAUGGACCUUCACCUGGAGCACUGGUGAAAGCUCCAGCAAAGUGCUCGCCAUCCGCCGUCAAACACAAGACACCAGCUGCAAGUAGCUGUAUGGGCCGCUGCCAUAUGCCAAACAACUAGUGACUUCUACCCUGAACAGCUUCAGUCCAAGUGCUAGCAUGUGCCUCUAUUAUAAGUGGGAUGUGACAUUAAGUAGACCAUUCUUCAUAGAUUGAUGGCUACAGAAUUAUAUUUUGAGGUCCCUGUGUUGUCAUCACAACCAGAAUCUAACAACUGAGGGCUUUUUGAUAUUAUCUGUGUCCUUUUUGGACAAUGAUGCGCACAACUGUCAAAUAAAUGGGACAGUGGACACACAAAUUCUUCUCUAGGUAAUGGUGACAUGAGUACAGUGCUUUAUACCAACACCUUAUGCAACUAUCAGUGUUACGCCCCCUAGACUUGAAGACACAUUGGGACAAUCGUUUUAUAUUUUCUGUGUUUGUUGUACUGGAAAAAAAAAAACAGAAUUACAAGGUGAAUUGGAUUGCUUAGUACGGCCAUUUUGUAAAUAUCCUAACUAUCUGUACUGGCAGAGACGAGGACGUUGUGGUGACGCAAACCACAAAUCAAGUGCAUUAUGUAAUCAGUUCAUCAGGUGAUGGAGCUAUCCCACUGUGCACGACGCUAACACACACGGCCACGUUUGCUUGAGUUAGGAUAUGUUGUCAUUCCGCUUUCUUUUCACUAUUUGGGUUAUUUAUCCACACACUGACAUUUUGGAGAAUCUUUGGCCUUAUUGGUUUAAUAGGCAGACAAACUGCCUUAUUUGCAACAGCUUUGUAUUACUAUUUGUUCAUACCAGUUCCCCCCGUCACAUUGUAUUAUGAAUUUGCUAUUUCCUGGAAGAUGAUGACAGAUAUUAAUAUAGAACGUUCCAACAUAAGUCAACAUCACUUUUUCAGACAAAUGUUAAUAGAAAAUGCAACUUCAUCUCUAUUUUUUACCCACUAAGUAGUUCUUUGUCCUUACAAAUUUCACCCUUUCUAUUUGCAGCCCACAGUUAUUUAUAGAGUUUUUAUAUUUAUCCUGUAUUUAUACUGACAUUCCUUUCUAAUAGACUGGCGCUCUGUGAUUUAUCAGGUAAACUCCAGUGCUGCCAUUUGGACCACGGACAUUUCUUAGUAAAUCGAUUCUCUUAAAAAUGUGAUUCAAAGUAAGGAGCCACUUGGAAAAGCCAUGAUUUCUUAAAUCACUUCUUUAAAGAAAGAACCUUAUGGAGUGGACAUUAUUAGCACUUGUGAAUAUGAAAAAGUAAUAAAUUCAGAUCUAAACUGUGAUUACUGCAUUUUGGCACAGAGGUAGCACACACACACACACACACACACACACUUACUUGGUUACACUGAUGAGACGAGGUUCACACUCCCAACCCCGUAAAGCAUAUAGUUUUUUCAUUAUCCAGCUUCUCAUCUAUCGGCAAGAAAGCAAAUAAAUAGACUUCUCAAAAUGUCAAACUUUUGCUUUAAGUGCCUUGGCCAAUACAUUUCUUCACUGUGUUCUGUUUAGACCAAGUAUUGUUCCUGUUACUUAUGAAGUGUUGCACUUGUUAAUGGGUUCUAUGUAGAGUACAUGUAGGCUAUGAAUGCCCAACUCCAAUAUAUGACAAAGCUGGUAUUCUUCACCUUCUGUUGUAAGAAUAUGUACUGGCUUAUAAUAUCGGGUUGGGCUCCUUUUGCAAUCCUUUCACUCAUCUGACAGAAGCUUCCAUGGUGCUUGGCCGCGGACUUGCCUUACUAUUGUACUGCUUGAUCCUGUAUAUGACAGAAAGAAAAGCAAUAAACUUAUCACAGCCAAA